GCAGCGGACAGUAUAAACAGCUGAUAAAAGGUGAAGAUAAAAAGAAGAUAUGCAUCGAGGGGAAUAUUGCGAGUGGAAAAACAACAUGCCUGGAUUAUUUUGCACAAACUACCAGCAUUGAGGUUUUGACAGAACCAGUGGCUAAAUGGAGAAAUGUUCGUGGUCAUAAUAUUCUGGGCUUAAUGUACCAAGAUGCAUCAAGAUGGGGGAUAACAUUACAGACAUACAUACAGCUUACCAUGUUGCAACAGCAUACCAGACCAAUGAUUUCCUCUGUAAGAAUGAUGGAGAGAUCAAUUCACAGUGCAAAAUACAUUUUUGUAGAAAACUUGUAUCGAAGCGGAAAAAUGCCAGAAGUGGAUUAUGUUGUCCUGACUGAGUGGUUUGAUUGGAUCAAGAACAACACGGAUGUGUCGGUUGAUUUGAUAGUCUAUCUGCAGACUUCUCCUGAAGUUUGUUAUGAGAGAUUAAAGAGAAGAUGCAGAGAAGAGGAAAAGAUCAUUCCUUUGGAAUAUUUAGAAGCUAUUCAUCUUCUCUAUGAAGAAUGGCUCAUUAAACGGACACUUUUUAAAGUUUCUUGUCCUGUUCUUGUUAUUGGAGCUGACCAUGACAUGCAGAAAAUGAUACAAAAGUAUGAAGAAAAUCGGGACCAAAUACUAAAUCCAUAUAACUUGCAGCACUGUUUAUAGAAGUCUGUUACUGUAUUCUAAAAAUUGUGGUUAUGAAGUCUGAUUUUGGGGGAAUUUCUGUGAGUGUUUGCAGUACUUCCUAACAUAACAGUUUUUUUGCUUUAGAAUUACACUUUGGAAGAUGUAGACUUGUGCUAUGAAAUGUCUACAAAUAUUUCAUAAAUAGAAUAUAAGCUAAUUAAGUUUACCACUUCUGUCUGGCUCUUCUAUGGGUCUUGCUUUCUGUCAUUGCUGCUGAAAUGCUUCCUAGAAGUAACCUGUUUUCUUUUGUUAAUGACAAUCCUAUUUUUGCAAUCUGGAAGAAACUGUUACAUAUGAGAGGUGAGAUGUCUUCUAUUAGAAGCACCAAGUGAAGUACAUUAAGUAAACUUUGUUAUUUCAUGAUAUAUCUUACUCUAAUCCUGCUUAUAUUAGUGUAAUCUUAUUGAAUUCAGUAAGCUGCUUCUGAUUUACGUAAAAUCAGAAUGAAAUUUUAGUCCUGUAGAUACCUGUGAGGUGGUAGUCUCACUGAAUUCAGUGGCACUAAAAGAAUAAUGUAAAAUGAAGAGGUGUUUGCAGAAUGGGUCUAAGGAGUUUUUAUAGAUAUUUUUUUAGAAGAGCUUAUUCCAUAGUAGUUCUCAUCAAAGUACCAUGGCCAAAUUGAGGACUAGUGAAAAUACAGGGUGCACAGAAUGGUAUCUCUUCCUUUCAGAUGGUGAUGUAAAUAUUAUAUUUUCUAGCUAUUUUGGCUUUUUAGAUUACUUGUUUUCAUGGAGAACUGUUUUCUAGAGAGCUGAAGAAUGCAGUGGAGACUUUAUUCUUGUCAUGAUAUUGGCGAAAUUGCUGAAUUGCUCUUGAUUUCUGCUUUGCCUGUUUGAGUGUGCAUAGUGUUCAAGUUCAUGGAUUGGAAAGCUAUAGAACUCUAGCAUAAACAUUUUAAGUAAUUACAGUUAAUGAAGCUUAUGUGGUGGGAUGGUGGUUUUUCUUGAGCUCUCCUUGAAGUGUCCAGUUCUCUUUCUUCUGAAGGAGACCUAAAGAAUUAUUUCCAAGGAAAUAGUUUGUAAGUUUCAUCUGCAGUUUCUUUCCAGCUCCAAUUUGAUUAUGGAUUUUAGAAGUAAAUGAUAUGUAUUUGCAGGGUAAUGACAGUUUAGUAAAGUGCACUUUAUUUGUUUGUUAACAAAAAAAUAAACUUAUUCUGGCUUUUAAAAGCUACUUAUUGAUCAGAUUUCUUUGAUUUUCCUUUUUUCUUUAUUAUAUGAGAAUAACAGUUUGGAGUAUAAAUUAUAUAACAUUCUUAAAAUCUGCAAGUGUAAAGGCUACAGAGAAUAUAACGAUUUUAGUUUCUGUUG